AUGCACAGAUAUUCGAAUAUCGGCAAUAAAGUAAAAAUCCGCAUCGGCAAUAAAGCAAUACCAAGCGCUCGUCCAUUUUCAAUAGACGAUUUUCUGUUGACAUUAGAUGGCUCCGGACCAUCGCUGACAUGUGGCGUCAAGGGUGACUGGCAAGGUCUUUACCGCCGGUUUGUAAGCAGCGCGAACUUUGUCGGUUGGUUGGCGAACCGUAAUAAAGACGUCAAUGCUCAACUGAAGGCGCAGUACGUGGAAGCAUUGUGUUCUGCUGAUUUAGGAUCAAAAGUACUGGCUACAAAACAUCAUGUAGAAAUAGUUGAUCUGGUACUGAGAGUUCGACAACGAAUUAUAGAGUUGGAAGAAGCGAAUGAGAAGCGGCAUCAAUUGGUCCGUCAAAUCGUCUCGAUAUUGUCUGGAGUUGACGAAGAUCUGAAACAAAUUCUUGUAUGGGUCUGA